AGUUGACAAGACGGUACUGGUUCUCGCUGAUUCCCAAUCGCUGCUCCUAGUUAAAAGGAAGGAAGGAGCGAACGAACAAGAUUAUACUACAAUACAGCGCCUUCACCACAACCACUCCUGUUCCUUCUUCCUCUCUCUCUCUCGAUCUGUGUUGUGUUGACUGACUAUGGAUUCCGGCGCUGCUGCAGUUCCCUGUUUGUUCCCGUUGCAUCGCUGCAAAACCAUUCACCUGGUGAGGCACGCGCAGGGGAUCCACAAUGUGGAGGGAGAUAAGAACUACAAAGCCUACUUGAAUCCUCAAUACUUCGAUGCUCAUCUCACUCCAUUGGGAUGGCAACAGGUUGACAAUUUGCGAGACCAUGUUCGUGCUUCUGGCCUUAUAAACAAGAUUGAUCUUGUUAUUGCAUCUCCUUUAUUGAGGACGCUACAAACAGCUGUUGGGGUAUUUGGUGGUGAGGGCUAUACCGGCAAGAUGGAUGUACUCCCUCUUAUGGUGGCAAAUGCAGGAAAUAGCAGUCGCGGUGCAAUUUCAAGUCUAAAUUGCCCACCAAUUGUUGCUGUUGAACUUUGUCGUGAACAUUUGGGAGUUCAUCCCUGUGACAGAAGAAGAAGCGUUAGCGAGUACCAGUUUCUUUUUCCUGCUGUUGAUUUUUCACUGAUAGAGAGUGAUGAAGAUGUUUGGUGGGAGGCUGAUGUUAGAGAGACAAAGGAAGAACUUGCAGCUAGGGGACAGAAGUUCAUGAACUGGUUAUGGACACGAAAAGAGAAGGAGAUAGCUAUUGUGACACACAGUGGAUUCUUGUCUCAUACUCUAAAUGCUAUUACAAAUGAUUGCCCCUUGAUGAAGAAAGAAAUAUCCAAGCACUUCGCCAAUUGUGAGCUUCGCUCCAUGGUCAUUGUGGAUAGGGGUAUGAUCGGGUCGGAAACAUCAACCACUAACUAUCCAGGCAAGAUACCUUCAGGACCGGACCUCCCUAGCGAAGUUGCGGAUGAGAACGCUGAGAAAUAGGGGGUUUGGUUUUUCUACUUGUAUGUGUUUAGUACCAUUCAAACAUUGAAUUACUGGACAUAUCAUUGCUAUUCCAAUAUCUGACUCGUAUAAAAUCUUCACAUGAUUGUUUCA